AUGUCCUCCAUACGAGACUCAACGCUGCCAUCCUUUGGCGAACUCCCCCCCGCUGCGACUGAAGAUGAUCAGUCGCAAUCUCAAUCGCAUCAACAACAGCCCACACAGCCCAUUCAGUCCGCGCGACUCCAGCGUCCUCGACCUACCGAUCCUGUCACCAAUGGCUCAGAUGGACCAAUUCCACUCCAGAGUCCCGUCAAGCGUCAAUCGUCCAAGUCAAGCCUGCGCAAUCUCUUCGGCCGCGACAAAAGUUCGCGUGCGGCUGUUGCUCCCGAAAGCAGCACCCUCGACGAGGUCGAUGAAUCCCCGGCAAGCCCCUCGGACAUCAUCUCGCAGACCGCCACGAUAGAUGAGACAAUCCUCUCGCCGACCAUCGCAACCCCACACACGAUCGUCUCGACCACAACCUCGACCACGCUUGCCUCCCCGACGACCCCUCGUGCGCGAAACACACUGAAAUCAUCUCGACCACGACCCCCCGAGCCCAAACACUCCCAGGAACAAUACGGUUGGAAACCCCCAGCCUUGUUUCAGGCAUACCCUCAAUCAACUAAGCAUGAUUGUCUUUCCGCGCCUGCCAUGUCGGCAGACUCUAUUCUACGAUUGCACGCGACAUCGGGGAAAAAUGCUGCGGAGGAUGGCCGGACGGCGACAUCGAGUGGUGAUUCGAAAAAGAAGGAACAGCGAGAGCGCAAACACUUGCGCACUCUGUCGGGUACAAUUAACAAGGUCGAAUGGACUAAGAAGAUCUACGUGCUUGCGACGGCGGGAUUUAUUCUCCAAUACGCCGGGGAUGGGAAACAUGAUCGAUUACCCGAGAAAAUGCUUCAAUUGGGCCCUCACUCCGUGGCAUUCGCCAGCGAUGCCAUCCCCGGCAAACACUGGGUGGUUCAAAUUUCUCAAAAUCCAGCUGCUGAUGCCGUUGCUGCACCGGAACCUCCCAAGUCUCGCCUCACGUCGCGAUUUGGAUUCCAUCGAUCCCACGCGCGAAAAUUAGCGCAGAGUUUCCUGAUGGUCUUUGAUGACCCGGACUCGAUGAUCUCUUGGUUGAUAGCUAUUCGCGCCGAGGUAGAAGCUCGCGGUGGUCCCAGAUUUGUGACGGAGAAGCAUUCAGAAGAUGAGGUGGAGCCACAGCUUCGCUCGAAAGCAAGCGUGCGGCAGAUGGUGAAGAAAGACCCGCAUCGUAUCUCGAGCUUAUUCCUCCAGCCACAGACUCUGCGUCUGCCCGACGACGACGAAGAUGGCCAGUCUGUUGGUGGCAUGACCUGGCAAUCCCGACGAAGCUCCUACGUCUCGGACAAUCGUCGUUCGGUCAUCGACUCUCGUGCGGGAUCUACGUCCACCGGUUGGACGGAAGCUUCACCUCAAAUAAAUAACGAUGCGCCAUCUUCAUCUUUUUCGUCUUCAAAUACACCGGCCUCCCCGCACAAUCUACCAAGUGAGCCGUCCACCCCGUACGGCUUGCCGGAGGCUGUACUCAGGGAGGUGGAUCAGAUGAUUGGCCUCAGUGGUCUCAGUGGCUCGGCCUCAGCUUCGGUCUCAGCCUCGACUUCGACUUCGACUUCUCGUACGGACCCUAUUCCUGUCGCCCAACCCUCGACCGAUAUACCCGAGACAUUGACGCGCAGCGCAUCCCCACCAGCCCCGAAUUUCAGCGUUCCGUCCUUCAGCAAAAAGUUCGUACCGAGACCAGGACCAGCCCCUAUCAACCAGCCUUCCUCGCCGCCAUCUGCGGCGGGUGUUCUUCGACGAGGCCAGAGCACAAGUGACUUCACUAUAUCCAGCAUCUCCUCCCCUCCCCAAUCACCGACUUAUAGCGUCGCAAGCUCGCGCCAUACAGAUGCCUCCGAGCCUGUCCCUCUGCCCCGCGAUGGCAGCGGUCGUGUUCUGCGAACUUAUAAUUCGGAAGAUAUUCUAUCAAGAAUGGUCCGGACUCAACCUGCACCUAAUUUCUCCCGCGUUCCUCGAGCCACUGCACCCUCUGAGAUCAGCCCCCCGCCGUCUCGUCCUCUCAGUCUGGUCGGCCGACCUGGACUGGGAAUCUCGAUGAAUGGCGAAUCGCAAGUCCCGAUCGUCCCUAAGGCAGACCCAUCCAGGAAGCCGGAAUUAUCACUAUUCCCACAACCACAGUCAAACCCAGCGCCAAUUCCAGUGCCAACCCCCCGCCAUCGAAUUCCAACAACACACGUGGAUACCCAUUCGGCGCAGAGUAUGUCCCGGCGAAGAAGUAUGCCUGGCUUGGCUGUUGGUCCACCAGCUGCACCACCGCCAACCUGUCCUUUGCCAAAACUCCCUCCGCUUGCCACGAAAUCACCUCCAGCUCCUCCUCCGGCUGCUGCUCUACCUCCAGUUCCACCGAUGUCACCUCCAGCUUCAUCAGCAACGAAGUUGUCACCGUCAACCCGGUUCUAUCAAUCACAGCAGAUCCAGGAUAACGUUGCGGAUAAACGGAGGAGUGUUCUUGCCAGCCAAUCCAAUGGAUAUACUCCCAAGGUAACAGCUGCUCGGCAGUCUCGCCUGCAUUAG